AUGUUGCUCUUCUUGUUUGUCGACGGUAACCCACCGACUUCUGUCAUAUUGGUGAAGUACUUUGAGUUUGCGCAAGAACUCUUGUUAGAAUCGAAGCCGAAGGCCCCACCCGCUCCGAAUUGCGAUAGCUUCCACAUUGAGGACAAUUUGCGAGGUCAUGCCACUGCGACAGCGAAUUAUCAUGUUUCAGAGAACCACCCUCAGAUUCAAAUUUAGUAAACUGGUGGCCUAGGCUCACUGGUAAACAUUAACAAGCGGACGAUUCUCGAUACGGUACGGAACUUCGGGAUGCCUCUGCGUUUAGCACAAAUCGAAGCCGGUCUACUCCGAUAGAACGGUUGGGAUAUUGGCACGCGCAUGUACACGCCGCUGCAGCGCCUUCUUCUGCAUUUAAGAAAGCAAACAACUGGAAGGCUCCCUUCAUACCCCAACCAGUCCCCACCGUCCCAUCCCAUCUCGCAAUACGAACUAAAAAAUGUCCGUGUCUGUUGCAUCCUCAUCAAUCUGCCUUCCCAAACCUCUCCCCAAAUCUCAUCGUGCAGAUGCGUGUGUGGAAGAGGUCGUAGCAGUGGAGGACAGCGUCCAGCCGUUCAAACAAAUGACCGCUAAGACCAAUCGAUCCUCGCUGCGCCUGGUGUGCACGGUGCCGACGUGGAGCCCAUCCCCAAUGCACUGCCUCGACCUCCAUGACCUCCAUGAUUUACGGAACCGUUCCAUAGUCUUCGUACACGAGCUGCUCAAAUUAUUGCGAGCCAGUGGUAUUGAAGCUAGUUAUCGGCUAAUUCCGUCGAACAUGGAUCUCGCGACGAUCUCCAUAUCCACCACAGAAAAUUCAAAAAAGCAGCCAACUGUUGACCAUGACCUGCUGGCCGCGGCGCAGAGUAGUAACGGGAAGACGCUACUUGCAAGGACAAAGGAGGGGCCUGUGAUUAUCAUGACCUGAAUAGUACUAGACGUCGGACAUUUUCUGCUUGUUGCUUGCUUUACAUGGUGUAUCGGUAUUCCUUUAGCAAAUGUAAGUAAGAAUAUGUGCGACAGCAACGGC